AUGAAAGAUUUAUGGAAUAAAUAUGGUUAUACCAGUAUUUUCACAUAUUUUACUAUAUAUUUAGUAACAUUCAGUUCAUUCUGGAUUUUAGCAAUUAAUAAUGUUAUGAAUGCAUCAAAGAUAAUAAAAAUGAUCUCAUUGUUAAAGUUAGAUAAUCACAUUAAUACUUCUAAAAUUGAACAAAAAAUGGAAACUCCAUUUGGCAAACUAUUUCUUGCUUGGAUUUCAACAAAAAUUGUUGAACCAUUCAGAUUAUUUUCUACUAUUGCUCUCACUCCUUAUAUUUAUAAAAUAUUAAAAAGAUGA